AUGGCGACUCGCUUAGCGAAGCCCAGUCCCAUGGGCGGAGCUCACACCUCUGGAAUUUACGCUGAUAUGACAGUGGACGGGCCUGAAAUUGGGACGCUUGUUGCUGUCUUUGAUCGGGCUAAGAAUCUACCAAACAGAAGGAGUAUGGGAAAACAAGACCCGUAUUGUGCUGCCAGACUUGGAAAAGAAGCGAAGAAGACAAACACGGAUAGACGAGGAGGUCAGACACCAAGAUGGGACCAGGAACUCCGCUUCACCGUACACGAUUCCAUCGACUACCAGACCCUCAAAGUCUCAAUAUUCAAUGAUGACAAGAAGACGGAAUUGAUUGGUGAAACAUUCGUCAGUCUAGGAGACGUCAUUAUACCAGGCGGUGGAAAGAGUGAUAUAUGGCAUGGCUUGAAUUGCAAGGGCCGCUAUGCUGGCGAAAUUCGCAUUGAGCUCACCUACUAUGACACUCGCCCAAAGCCGGAGAAGGUUGUACAACCUAGGCGAGAGGCCAUGAGGAACGCAGCAGCAGAGCGCCAAGGCGCUCCAAUGAAUGGACCUCGAGAUGCUGCACCUGUAAAACGAAGACCUUUGCCAGCGAACCCUGUUACUGGUACUCCUUCGCCCUCUGGGUCGAUUGAGCGCCCGGUCCCGUCACCACAGAACGGUCCCCGAGGCCUACCAUCCGCACCACGACCACAAUCUCACUAUGCUCUCCCUGACACAGUUCCUGCACCAAAGCGCCAUACCUUCUACGAGCAGACAGAGAACAAUCGACAGCUACCAGAGCUUGCUGCCAGUCCUCGAGCUCACCAUGCCGUGCAUAGCAGCCAGCCAGACCUACAUAUGCCCAGUGAAACACAACAGUCAUACAGACCUUCACAGCGGAGCCAUGGCCGUGAUAUGUAUGUAGCACAGCCGGUCGACGCAACGCAUGCUCUACCGGCACAUUCCACACGUCCACAGAGCUACAUGGACCUACCACAUGCCAACUCUGCGCCUACGGUCCCCACUGUCCAUGAGAGGAGAAGCUUGAAUCACGCACACUCCGAAGACUACACUCAUCGUCAGGGCUCAACUCCAGCUGACGAGUAUCACAGCCCACACAAUCGUCAUCAGAGCCCAUUAUACCAGCAUGAACCAGAACCGGAAAUACCCAACUGGAGCAAAGGCUACGAGGAAAUUACCCAGCAGAAUCCUUUCUAUAACUCGGAAGACGCAAGACAACACAUGCAGCCUACCGUCGAAGAUGAGCUCGAUGUACCGCCGCCCCCUCCGGUACACAGAAGCAGCGCACCUGCAAUCUAUCAAGCUGAGCAGCAGCAGUACGCUCCCGAUUAUCAUGCCGAAAUGGCACCAGCACCACUUCGACUAUCAACCAGCCGUGACGACAUGCAACGGGAUCCAUAUGGCACAAUGUCUUCUCACAACAGCGACUACAAUGGGAAUUCUCCAUACGAACGGCGCUAUACACAGCCUCGCGAGCGCCCCGUGUCACGUGACACAUCGCAACCCUCGCCAUUGCGGAAUGAACUUCCUUCAAGCUUAGUGCCGGCUGGUAAUCGAGCAAGGCAAGACAAAAGGAUGAGCAUUCGAGGCCUGACUCCAAGUGUCUCUCCUCAGAUCCAGCCUUAUCAGUCGAUGACACAUGACACACCUCUGCAUCAGCAGCAGCAUGUUUCUCCACAGGACUACCAAACGCCCCCGAACAUGGCCUACCAGACUCCACCAUCAUAUUCCUUCGCCCACGAAGAACCUUCAGGACAGCGAUCUCACUAUAGCGCCUCUCCCACUAAUACUCAAUACCUUCCUACAGAAGUCCCACCAAUGAUCAAACCUCGAGCUGUGAGUCCUGGAAUUCCGAGUGAUCCACGCACAGGCCGCAAUAACUCUCGAAACAUGGUUCCUAGGAAGUCGGUGUCUCCACAACCGCCGACUGAUCGUGAGCGACGGCUUUCUGCCGUUCCUUUUGGCCCAGACGACUUCGAUGCGUUUAACCCGAACACGCCAGGGUCUUCAAGGAGCAUCGCUGGAGGCGCCUCAAGCUCGGCAGAGGACGGUUCCAAAGAAUCCAAUGGUCCCAUUAUUGGAUUCGACGGCCGCGUCAUCGACCCAUCUGACCAUCUACCAGUCGAGAGCUAUGCUCCUGAGCCCGAAGCGAAAGGAGUGCAGAAUAGUACUCCAACUCGCGACCGUGAGCGUCUCACUGGUGCCCGUGGAAUCGGCCGUCGCAGUGAUAUCGCCCCAUCGAGUGCCAUGUCUUCAUCCCUCGUUCUCCACGAUUCCUCUGCGCCUACUACACCAAACUCGAAUGGCCGCAACCGGUUGCACAAGCCGCGUCCAGGAGAAUACAGCGCGUCAGGGACCCCCAAUUCCGCGCCCAACAGCGGUCUGCGAGACGCUGGGCACCAUACCCAGUACAGUCCUAGUCCAUACGCAGUAGGCGUGAGGAGAGAUGCAGGCAACAGACAGCCACAACCGCCGCCAAUCCCCGCGAAAAUCCCUCUCGGACACGGUGACGAUCUAGCAAGGCUGAGCGAGGAGAUGAGCCGGAUUGAUAUCGGGGCUGGCAAUGGCCUACGGGAUAGAUUUGUCGUUGCGUAA